AAAAUAGCGACAUAUGGAGGAAAAUAAAACUGCAAUACAUGAUCUUAAUAAAUUGGAAGUUAAAGAUGUUUGGAAAGAAUUUUAUUGUCCAAAAUAUGUUACCCACCUUUGUCCUAAAACUGACAAAUUAUCAAAAGAAAUAUUAGAUUUCUACGAACAAUUAAAACUGGAUACUAAUCAUAUUCUAGAAAAAUUGGACAAACUCAUAUCUGAUCCUAUAACAAGUGAUAGCAUAGUUCGCAUAUGCAGACUUUUAUAUGAUUAUCGUGACAAAGUAGGAGAUGAUGGCUAUAAAGUUAAAGAUUUACCAUUGGUAAUAAAAGUAUUGAAGUUUUUGGGUGAAAAUGUUAAAACAGUUAAAGAAUAUGAGAUACAUCUUGAUAGAAUGUUAGAGCUUUGUAAUGUACCACCCAUAUUAGAAAAGCCAUCCGAAAGUGUAAUUCAUAUUGAUAUAAUGGAACAAUAUUUUACAUUGCUAGGACAUCUUCUUGUAGUCUUACCUACAAAGCAGCAAACAUUAAGAAUUCAUAAGGCUCUUGAUUCUUUGUUAUUAAAAGAACAAGUAAGAAAUGUUCCUACAAUAAAAGUUGAACAUUGUCGUAAAGCUAUGGAAAACUCUAGGUUACCAUUAACUGUGACUGAAUUGUUGCAAGCUUCUUUUCUAGGAAUGUAUCCAAAAAUUUUAGAACUAGUUUUCUUACUUUCAUCCAUCUCUCAUAAAUGUUGUUAUAGAAUGCUGGAAGCUAAUAUACUCAAUGUUAUAUUUAUAAGAAUGGAUCUUCCUUAUGCAAUUCAAUUACAAUGUACACGGCCUCCUGACUUAUUGUUAGAGGGGGAAGAAUAUAGUGAUGAAACAACUCUUUUGAUAAUGAAUACUCUGUGGAGCUUGAUGAAAUCUAUUACUUCUUCUAAUAAUAUGCCAAGAAAUUUAAAGGAAAAUUUGAAACCAACUCAUUGUGUUUUAUGGGGCCUAUGUUAUGCUUUCAAGCGACAGAUAUGUCAUAGCCAAUAUAGAAAAUUUAGUGCCAAGAUUAGAAAUGAAAUCGCUAUGAUAAUUCUUAUAAUUUCAAUUAGCUUACCUUCUUGGAACCUUGUUAGUAGCGGUAUAGCUGAUGCUGUUAUUAAAUAUUUAAUUGGAAUUGAAUUUGGGUCUACUACAAUAUUUUCAAAAGUGAUAAAAUUUGGUAGAACUACUGAUGAUUUGCAUUUUGAAAAAACUUUAUUAUUAAUUGUUACACAUUUAGCAGAAGUUGAUGCUUGUAUUUUUUUAAUGAUACAGAGAAAACUGAUGCAAACUGUACUUCAAAUUGUUAAUCCAGAUAUUGAGGGAACGAAAGUUACUUGGAGCACAUCUCAAUUUUGGGAUUUAUGGAUUCAUGCUGUAAAUGCUUUAUCUAUAUUGGCACCAAAAAUGCCAGAACAAUUCAUAGAAUAUGAUGGUGCUAUUAGAUUAUGUGUAAUGCUAGAAUGGUGUCUAAAUACAAAAUUUGAUAUCAAAAUAGUAAUGAACUGUAUAAAAACAAUUUGCACAAUUAUUCUGAGUAAUAAUAAAUAUUUAUUAGAAUACUUACGAGAAUAUGGAAUUAUAUCAUCAUUAAUUAAACUUAUUAAGUAUAUUUUGAAAUUUGAAAAACUCAAAGUAAAGGAGCAAAAGGUUUUAACACUGGCAUUAAUAUCAGUUGAAAGACUCAUGAGAAAACAAAAAUUUUACCAUGAUAUAUAUGGAGACUAUAGUAUUACAUUCAUCAUGGAACUAUUAUUUCGUUGUAUUUAUCAGAAAGAUAGUGAAUUCCAACUGGAUCAACGUCUUUUACUAGCAAUAGGCUCGUAUAUUUGGGAAUGCAUAAUAUGGUCUCCUAAAAAUCUUGAAAAAUUUAUUCGAUAUGGUGGAGUGUAUGUUAUUCUUGAUCUCAUUGAAAUUGUUCCAUAUUGUCCUCGUUGCUUAUUUCUUGCCGUUUUUACCGAUAUGUGCGAUAAUUUCUUUUGUGGGCCAUUUUUAUGUACAUGGAGGGCUACUGAUAAAAGAACAGGGUUAAUGUCUUUACUAGCAAAAAUAUGGAGAGAAGAAGAAAUACGGAUUGAAGUUAAAAGAAAUGUGGAUGGCACUGUAAAAGACGUGAAAUUACCCCAAAUGAGUAAGAAGCAGUGGUUAAAUACUUACUGCAUAAAAUUAGCUAGAGAUAAUAGCCCAGCAAUAAUUGACAUGAUUGGUUCAGUUAGAUCAAAAAUAUUUAGUAUUUGCAAAAUAAUUGAAAGAGAUAAUGAAAAUUAUGAAAUGGCCAAGGAACAUUAUAAAAAAUUACAUGCUAAUCUUUCAAUGGAAGAUAGAAUUACGAUAUCUACCAUAGAAUUAUAUUUUACAUUGAAAUUAGGUCAAGUAUGGAUAGAAGUUGCUAAAUAUUUUGAGCAAGUUGGCAUUACUCCUCUUGGUAUGGAUGGUCAAGCACUUUUCUUGAUGACUCAACGUUAUCUUUUGUGGGGUAAAAUGACAAAAGAGAGACAAGCCAGAAUAAUACAAUCUAUAGAAAAAGAGGAAGACAUAGAAGAAAAAGACGAAUAUGCAAGGAUCCGUAAUUCUAAGCUUAUUUUAGCAUUAGAUGCAUUUGAUGAAAUAGAUUAUAUGUAUAGAACGACAGAUAGAUCAUAUAGGAUAAAGAAAAAGUAUGAACAAUUACGACAAAUUAAUUUAGCUUUAAAGUUCCCAUCUAUCUCAGAUGAUUCGCAUUGUCAUAGGACAUUCCAAGAUAAAAUAAUGGUUACGGCUAUAUUUAAUCAACAUCAAACAGUAAGCAGCGGUUUGACAACAGAUCCAUGUUUAAGUCAAAUGAAAUUGGGGAAAAUUGUCCCUAUUUCUCCUUGUGAUUCCUACAUUUCUGAUAUAACAUAUGAUACUGAAUUACUUCCAUCUUCUUUAUCAAGUACCUGUCUCUCUAACAUAGAAAAGUUCUUAGAAAAUUAAUAAUUCCUAAUAAUUAAGAUGAUAAAUUAAAAGUUUUAUUUAGUAAAUGCCAAAUUUUAUUUGAAUAAACUCCAUUAUUAUCAUCUUUGGAGACUAUAGAGAUCUUUAUUGCCGGCAUGAAUAAUAUAAAUAUGAUUUUUCCCCUUUUUUGAAACAUUUUGAUAAUAAUUCAAAUACAAUUUUAAAAUUGAUCUUUCCACUUUUAUCGAAUAAGAGAAAUUGAGGUAAAAUAGUUGUAUGUUUUAUUAUUUCCUUUUAAUCACCAAUAUUGAAUCUUUUAUCGGUGUUAUAAAAGAAAACCUUAUUUAACAAAAGUUUUAACAAAUCAAUAAAAAAUCGAAAGUUUCUCCAAU